CGUUAACUACAGCGCAUCACCACGGCUCAGUACAGGCAAUUGGAGAGCGACACGGGACUCCUAGAACCCAGCACCGCAGCUAGGGCUAGCGUUUCGCCGUAGUCUGUGAGGUGUUUCACAAGUUUGCAGUGCAGUUCAGUGCCUCUGCAUCGCCGCGCGAGGCGCGAAUCGAGGUGCGAAGAUGAUCGGCACACUCGCGGUGCUCGCCCUGGUGCACGCCGCCGGCGGCUUCGUCGCGCGCCCGCGGCCGCGCGCCGCCACCGCGCGCCGCGGCAGCGACGCCGACCUCCUCGCGGCGGCGGCCGGCGUGGGGCGCGGCAUGGCCGCGAAACGGAAGAACAAGCACGUCAACAAGUACCAGAAGAACGACGUCAAGGAGGACCCCUGGGAGCGGGCCAUGCGGCGGGCCGAGGCACGGGAGGACGAGGCCGCGCCGGCGCCGCCGACCUACGCGUUGCAAGCCGACUGCUUCUGUGAAGGCGCGGCGCUGGCGCGGAAGCGCCGCUCGAGCACAAAACCGGUCUUGGACUUCGACGCGCGGGACCCGUCGACGUUCGGUUUUCAAGAGCUCGGACAAGUCGUCGGCGCGCACGGCGUCCGCGGGUCCUUGAGGGUAGACGCGCCGUCCGCCGUCGACGUCGAGGCGGCGUUACUGGCGGAGGGGCUGCGGUACCUGCGCCUCGCGUCGCGAAGGACGCCGCGGCCGGUCGUCGUCGCGAGCUGUCGCGAGCUGAAGCGCUUCGGGGCGACGGUGCGAUAUGUCGUGGCGCUGAAGGGGUUGGGGGAUCGGGAGGAGGCCGCGCGGCUGGCGGGCGCGGUCCUGUACCGGCGCGACGAGGAUACUGAAGAGCCCGUGGAGGCCUACGAGCCGUCGACGAGGCUCGAGGGGUUGCGCGUGGUCGACGCGCAGGGGGAAGCGGUGGGCGUCGUCUGGGACGUGCUGGACCCGAACGAGGGCGCGGCGCUCGCCGCGCCCUUGCUCGAGCUCGAGCUGGAAGAGACGCGGCACUGCCUCGUGCCCCUGGACCCGAGCUGCGUCGAGGUUUAUGAAGGGGAAGAAGUCGUCCUCCUGAACCGGGCGCUGCUCGACCUCGCCUUCGACUACGCGCCGCCUCCUCCUAUCAUCCGGGGGCUCCUCGAGGGCGGCGAGUAA